AUGGGUUUCUUAUGGAGAACGAGACAACGUGUAUCUAACGAGAAGAAGAUAACUCCGGUAACAAUGACGACAUGGUCAGAAUCUGAGACGGAGAAGGAGAUAACAAUCCCACCGGAGUUUCAAUGUCCUAUCUCGAUCGACCUAAUGAAAGAUCCUGUAAUAAUCUCAACAGGGAUAACUUACGACAGAGAAAGCAUCGAGACAUGGAUCAGUUCGGGCAACAAAACAUGUCCGGUCACUAACACUGUCUUAACAACGUUCGACCAAACACCUAACCACACGAUUCGUAAGAUGAUUCAAAGUUGGUGCGUGGAGGAAGGAUCUUCGUUGGUUCAACGUAUCCCUACGCCACGUGUUCCUUUAAUGCCACGUGAGGUGUACGAGAUCUGUAGAAAGUUAUCGUCUGCGACGCGGCGUGGGGAUUACGAGAAGUGUUGGGAGGUUAUUGGGAAGAUUACGAAACUUGGGGACGAGAAUGAGAAAAAUCGUAAGUGUGUUAACGAAAACGGCGUCGGUUUGGUUCUUUGUGAAUGUUUCGAGGAGUUCUCGGGAGAUGAGAAGUUAACGUUUAUGUUAACGGAGAUUUUAUAUCUGCUGACGUGGAUGACUCCGAUUGGGUUAGAGGGUGUAACGAAACUCGCCUCCGCGACGUCGAUUUGCUGCGUCGCGGGUUUGUUGAAGAGCAAGGACGACUUAGUUCGUGAAAACGCUGCCUUUGUUAUAAAGGAAAUACUCAUGUUAAGCGAAACGCGAAUUUAUGCGUUGGCGGUUGAGAAUGGAAUUGCGGAAGCGUUAGUGAAGUUAAUUCGCGAUUCGGUUUCACCUAACGCGACAAAAUCGUCGUUGAUAGCGAUUUAUCAAAUGGCGUUGCAAAAUCCCGCGAUCGCGUUGGAGUUUCUAGAAAUUGGUUUAGUGAAUAUGACUGUGGAGAUGGUAGUUGACGCGGAGAAUAGCGUUUGCGAAAAUGCGUUAGCGGUUCUUGAUGCGAUUUGCGAAACUGAAAAAGGAAGAGAAGAGGUGAGGAAACACGCGUUGGUGAUGCCGCUUUUAGUGAAGAAGAUAGCAAAGGUUUCAGAAUUAGCGACUAGGAGUUCAGUGUCAAUGAUUUUGAAGCUGUGUAAAACAGGAAACGCGUUUGCGGUUGAAGAAGUAGUGCGUUUGGGUGCGUUUCAGAAAGUGUUGUUGGUUUUACAAGUUGGAUAUGGAGAAGAGACAAAGGAGAAAGCGACAGAGUUGUUGAAGAUGAUGAACUCACAUAUGAAACUUAUGAGUGGUUGUGUUGAUUCUGUAAAGGAGUUUAAGUAUCUCAAGAAACCAUUUUGAUGUUUUUAGAAUAUAGAGGAAUUCAAAAUAG